ACUAUAUGGUUCAACUAUUAAAGUCAGUUCAAUUUAAGUUUUGACAGUUAUUCUCAUGUUAUUCUGAUCUAAAGUAAAGUAAUUUCAGAACAAAAAUAAGAAAAAAAAUAUAUAGAGAAAUUGUUUGAGAAAAAAAACAGAAAAUGACUUCUUUUCAGAAUUUACAUGAUCAAAUUCAAGAGAGUUUUACGAAAACAGCUGCAAAUAUUUAUUCAUAUCAUGAUCAAGAGAAUCAAAAGGCAGUCUUUGAACAAUUGAGAAAUGUAGUUGAAAAGAACUGCAUUAUAAAUACAAAGUUACGAGAAGCUAAUAAUGUGAUCGAAAGAAUUUCAACUUUACACAGUCGUGAUAAUGAAGGAUCACAAUUCGAGGAUAUUCUAGUGAAAUUCAAAAGUGAAAUGGAUAAAAUUAAUCCGGAUGUUUCGAAAAAUAGAUAUCUUGUUGACUUUGAUCGUCAAGUUAAAGAAUUAUUGAAAGAUGCAGAUGGUGGUAAUAAUGAUAAUAAUGAUGAAGAUGGUGAUGAUGAUUUGCAAUUUACACAAGAUACUGUCAAUGUAAUUGACCCUUUUACGAAAAAGAGAAUGACUGAUCCUGUGAAAAAUAAAACAUGUGGUCACGUUUAUGAUCGUGAAAGUGUCACUGCUAUGCUGAAAGUUAAUCCACGAACUAGGUGUCCUGUUAUGGGUUGUGGUAGUAAAGAAUUCAUUACUAUAAAUAACUUGGAAGCUGAUAUAGUGUUAAGAACGCGCUUAUUAAAAAAGAAAGUUUAAUUAAAAAAAAAUUAAAUCACAUUACUUUAAGCCAUUUAAGUUUUAAGUAUUUAAUACUGUUAAUUUGAGAAAUAAAUACUACUUUUCUAUA